UCUAGUUCAUGCUGGAUGAAUUGUAAUGUAUUUUGAUACAGUUUUUCUAAAUACUGUACUGUACUAUAAAUACAGUAAUAGGAUAUCUCACUAGGUUUUAAAUACAGUACAGUAAUUGAAGGAUGCAAUUAUUUUUUUUAUUUAAUUUUACACUUUAAUGUAUGUAGUUGUUAUAUUACAGGUAUAUCCUCUGGGCUUAUGGAGUUUAACCACUACAGUAGCAUGUUUUAACCCCCAUUUAAUAUCGUAUUGUUCGUUUCCUAUUUCCACGUGAGAGCUUAAUUUAGGGAGAUAAAUUUGCAUGACUUUGGUUCAGAUCCUGUAUCAUACACAAAAUGGAGGUUAUCAUUCACAAAAUGGAGGUUAUCAUUCACAAAAUGGAGGUUAUCAUUCACAAAAUGGAGGUUAUCAUUCACAAAAUGGAGGUUAUCAUACACAAAAUGGAGGUUAUCAUUCACAAAAUGGAGGUUAUCAUUCACAAAAUGGAGGUUAUCACACACAAAAUGGAGGUUAUCAUUCACAAAAUGGAGGUUAUCAUUCACAAAAUGGAGGUUAUCAUACACAAAAUGGAGGUUAUCAUACACAAAAUGGAGGUUAUCAUUCACAAAAUGGAGGUUAUCAUACACAAAAUGGAGGUUAUCAUUCACAAAAUGGAGGUUAUCAUACACAAAAUGGAGGUUAUCAUUCACAAAAUGGAGGUUAUCAUUCACAAAAUGGAGGUUAUCAUACACAAAAUGGAGGUUAUCAUACACAAAAUGGAGGUUAUCAUUCACAAAAUGGAGGUUAUCAUACACAAAAUAGAGGUUAUCAUACACAAAAUGAAGGUUAUCAUUCACAAAAUGGAGGUUAUCAUUCACAAAAUGGAGGUUAUCAUACACAAAAUGGAGGUUAUCAUUCACAAAAUGGAGGUUAUCAUACACAAAAUGGAGGUUAUCAUUCACAAAAUGGAUGUUAUCACACAAAAUGGAGGUUAUCACACAAAAUGGAGGUUAUCAUUCACAAAAUGGAGGUUAUCACACAAAAUGGAGCAGCAACAUAUAGAUGCAGUACAGGGUAUAGUAAGAAUGGGAAACAAUUGGAUCACGCCCUUGCAUUGCAACAAUUACAACGCCCAACAAUUGCAACAACAAUAAUUAAUCACAAGAUUAAUCUUAUUUGCUUUCUCCAGCAUAAAAAUACGGAGGCACAAUAAACCACACUCCUUACAAAAUCAUUCAAAUAAUCAUAAAUAUAAUUGUAUAUGGGGAAAGAUUGAUUUUAAUUUAACAACCAAAGGGUGCAAUCCAUUCUGCUUUAGACCGGGGCAGGGACCACACCACCUCACAACAGAGGCUGGUAUAAAAUGAUGUCCUUUUAAUAAUUCAUCAAAAUACCUCAGAUCAUGAAUUAUUUAUAAUACGUAGCCCAACCACUUGGACUGGUCGGUAGAGCGACGGUCUCGCGUCAUGCAGGUCGGCGUUCAAUCCCCGACCGUCCACAAGUAGUUGGGCACCAUUCCUUUCCCCCGUUCCAUCCCAAAUCCUUAUCCUGACCCCUUCCCAGUGCUAUAUAGUCGUAAUGGCUUCGCGCUUUCCCCCUGAUAGUUCCCUUCCCUUCCCUUAUAAUACGUACUGUAAUAAUGUUAUAAUUAAUUUGUUUUAAUAUCACAAUUUGGUUUCAGCGACCCAGCAUACUGUCAAAUAUUUGGCCGAAGUCAUUGCCCAGGUACUCUACCUUGCUUCAAAUGAGAUGGAUGGUACAGUGACAGCAGCAUCCCUCCUGUGUCCUACAUAACAUCUUGUUAAUGUUUUAUUUUGUAACCC